ACCCGACGGUGAUGUGUACCACCGGCACCAAAAUCCGGCCUUCUUCUCACAUAGGGCCGGCAUAACAGCGCGGUGGAUUGCACGAAAAAUUAGAAAAGUUCCAAGUAUAACUUUCACUGAUUUUUUUCAAGAUAAUAAAGAUAAAAGAAAGAUGGCCGUGAACACAGGAACCUCUCUGGUCCUCUCCAGCUUGUUGUCGGUGCUGGUAUUUGCAGGCAUGCAGAUGUUCAGUAGACAGCUGGGGUCCUCAGAGUGGCUGACAAUUCUGGGUGGCUUUCUGGGCUCAGUCCUUUUCAUCUGCUCUCUCACUGCCUUCAACAAUUUGGAGAACCUCGUCUUCGGGAAGGGAUUCCAGGCCAAGAUUUUUCCAGAAAUUUUGCUGUGCCUGUGUAUUGCUCUCUUUGCUUCUGGGCUGGUGCACCGUGUCUGUGUCACUACCUGCUUGAUAUUCUCUCUCCUUGCUCUGUACUACAUAAACAAGGUCUCAGCAGCUCUCUACCAAGCUGCUGUUCCAGUAGCAGCUCCAGCCAAAACAGCCAGCAAGGGGAAGAGGAAGAACUGAUCAACACUGCCAGCCAACUAAUAGCAAACUGUGCAGUUGCCCCACAGUUUUUUCAUUCUUUUUGUUAGCCAUUGAAGUGAAAUAAAUUUUAUCCCUUUUCCUGCAGUCAUUCCUUUUUUGGAAUGUCACUAUGGUCCUUGAUAUUCCCUCGUGUCAUUUCUCAUUGUAGUGGUUCAUCCAGACAUUAAAAUAAUUUUGGAAUAA